GGCGAGACGCCUCGCCUCCCGGGCAGAGCGCGGAGAAGCAGGACGCGCCGGUGCGCCAGCGCUGCGGGAGCCAGCCAGGCAGCCGAGCACCCCGCUCUCUGUCCUCCCCUUCCCAGCCUUGCGGCAGCGGUCAGGCGCCCCGAGCCCUUAGCGCGACCCGGUGCGGUCCUGCUUGCUUCAGCCCUCGAAGGGCGAGCGCGGAAGCGGAGCGGGAAACCGAGCCGUCGGACCGCCAUGGCGCAGUUUGGCCCGCGGGGUUGGCUGCUGGCCGUGGCCUUAAGCGCGACCCUCCGCGUCUGUCAGGCAGGAUUCCCCACCAUCCGCCUGAGUGACCAGGAGGGCCCUAUCCUUGAGGGCAGCAACUUGACUCUGGAAUGCCUGAUCGAUGAUGGGGACGAUCUGUCUGAAUUCACCUUCCAGAAAUAUAGCAAGUGGCUGCACUCCUGGAUCUCUUUGGAUAAAACUCAUGAAUUGCGUUGCUGGUUUUAUGAUGUUGCUGUGAGUCGUGACAACGGGCGCCUCCUGCUGAAGAUCAGUGACCUCCAAUCCUGGCACGCCGGACCCUAUCGCUGCGCUCGCAUGAAUGCCACCAACAACAACACCGUCUCCAACGAACUGGACGUGCACCUGGAGUAUCUGCACAGCGUCUUUGUCGGCCAUUUGAAUACCUGGUGUGGGACCAUUGGCGAUUCCAUCACGGUCCUCGAAGGCAGUGACCUUCAGCUUCAGUGUUUGGCAGAUGCCUCCCAGCCGCCGCUUUACGAGUGGACCCGAGAGGGGGAUGACUGGAUCCUGCCCUCUAGUUCCUUAAGCCUCACCAAGAUAACCGAGGAGCAAGCUGGGACCUAUACUUGCCAGGCCCACCAUCCAACUUUGCCCCAGCUGAGCAAGAGCAAGUCAAUCCAUUUGCAUGUGGAGGGCAGCAAGCGCAGCUUUACUUUUGAUUCCGUGCUGUCAUUCAGCACCCCAAUGCUGGCCCUGGCUGUGGCGCUGCCAGCUGUGCUGUUGCUGCUGCUGAUCUUGGUGUUUGCCUUCCUCAUCCCCCGUCACCGGGCAGCCGCCAUGAAGAAAAUGGCCUUGGAAGAAUCUGGCCAGCGCACCCCAAUUUACAAAGGCAGCCUUGAUUCUGUGCCUUCUGUGGUGGGGGACACCCAGCCAUUGGUGAUGUGAAGCAGAAGCACAGGAUGAAAUGGAUCUUUUGUUUUCAAUUUCAAGAUCCAACUUUUUUCCUUUUUGAUUGUGGAGCAGUGGCAAUAUCUUCAGUCUACAGUAACAGAUUGUUUUGUGUAUAUUUGGGGCAUUUGUUAUCUUGAUUUUUUUAGGGGGACCUGUUUGGAAUAAUUGAGGGGGGAGUAGUGAUGUUGGGGUUCCUAUGGAUCUCUCCCUUCCAGCUACUCUAGCUGCUUUUUACCUGCCAUUCUGUUACCCUUUCUAGACUGAAUUUUCCUGCUGCUCGCUUCGCAAAUGCCUACCCUGACCAAUGUUAACCCAUUUCCUGUUUGGAUGGAUGGAUCUCUUUAAACUUUUUAACUUAGAGUAAAUGGAUAAAGGGUAAGGACCGGGGACAUUACACACUUGGCAGAGUUGUCGAAAAUAAAUAAACAUGGGCUCUUUUUAUGCUCACCCUUGUUCUCCAGCAGAAGACAUGUUGUAUUAAAGAGAACCCUUUUUAAAAAAAAAAAAUUAUAUCCAAGACAGGAAGACUCUUAUCGUUAAAGAGAAGGCUGAAAUUCAAGAAGCAAGAGAGGAUCCGACCCUCCAAAAUGGGGUGGGCAGGGGGAGAUGAACAUUGUAUUUUGUUUUUGGGGUUUGGGGUGUAUUCUGCACCCGCCCCCCAAUUUCACUCAGGGCCCUCUGCAGCAGUCCGCCAAUAUAUUUUAGCCUUUUCUGCAAAAUGCAGCUUUGGAAACAUGGAGGGAUAAAUAAUCACUAGGCACUGAGGCUCGCAGAUGGGGUACAAUCUUGCAGAAAGUCUCCCUCUCUUUGACCUGUGGUCUACUCAAACGUCCGAUCCAUUUGGGUUUUCUUUCUUCCUCCUUUUACCCUCUUCCUGUGACCCAGAGUCCUCUGCAGCCCUGCAUCGAAACCUAGAGGAGUUGUUUUUUUGUUUUUUGGUUGGUUAGAGCUUUGUGAUAAGUCUUAAGGUAAUACGCCUUGAAUUUCGGUUGUGCUUUGCUAUUAUUUGCAUGCCAGCACAUGUGGGGGGUGGCGGCGUACAGAGGAACAAGUAUAUAUCACGCUGUCUCUGCACCAUGCAGUUUAAAUGUCCCCCCAUCCAGCACUUCCUUUCAUCAAAAUAAAAUAUAACAGAAUCUUG